CGUUUCGUUUUGUUUACGUCAAAUAGACGCGAUGAUGCGGAGUUCGUAAAUUUUAUUUUUGUUUUACUGAAUUAAAUGGUAUUUAAUAAAUACAUGUGUAAUCAUAUUAUAUAGAAAUAAACAGAAUGUAAGGUGGGCGCUGAAAAAUUUCAAUUUAUCUGCUAAGAUCAUAAAUUGCAUCAUGGAGGGCAAGAAAAUAUCUUUUGGUUUCAUGAAAACUAAAAAGGUGGAAAAGCCUAUGUCACCAGUAAUAACUGAAGAUAAAAGGGAAUACAUAGAAUGUGUUGAAGAAAAGUCAAUUAAAGUCGUCGGAGGAGAAACAGUAACAGAAGAAUUACCACUAGUAAUUCCCAUGAAACCAAACACCCUAAUCACUGCAGAGAAACUCAGAGAAAUAGCAGAGAAAGUUGAGAGUGCCGUACAAGAGCCAGAAAUUAAAGAAGAACCGGUUAUCAAAGAAGAGAAGAUUGAUGAAAAUGAGACUCUUGAUCAGAUGGCAGUAAGAGAGUUGUUGCAGGAAGCUAAGAAAAAUGUUAAAGUCGAAGUUGAUGAUAAAUUAGCUAUACCCACCCCGGCAAAACCAAUUAUGACUGGAGAGAAAGAGUCAACCUUGGAUGACUAUGAGUCAGUUCCUAUCCAACAGUUUGGUAUGGCAAUGCUUCGAGGCAUGGGAUGGACACCUAGCAAAGAAGGGUCCAAAUACAAGCAACCUGAACUGCGGCCAAAAGGUCUUGGCUUAGGAGCUGAUAAAGUAAUCAAAAAGAAUCAGAAGGAACAGAAAAAAGACAGCAAAGAGGAAGAAUUAGUUAUUGUGAAAAACUCCUUUGUGAAAAUCACUACUGGGAAAUAUGCUGGUUACUAUGGCAAGGUGGUAAGCUUAGAUGAAGACAACGGACGAGUAAUGGUAGAAAUUGCAGUAAAGAAAGAAACAGUCAGCCUCAGCGAAUUUAUGAUGCAGGCAGUCACUAAAUCUGAAUAUGACAAGGAAUCUAAAGUUAUAAACGCGGAUUCAUACGAAGAGUACAAAAAGGCUGAAAAAGUUUCCCAGAAACAACCAAAACAGGAAGAAAGAAGUUCAACCAGUCAAAGAAAUAAUGAAGUAAGUGCCAAAAAUGAUAGAGACAGAUAUAAUGACGAUCAUAGAAGGAAUAGAGAAGAAAAAUCAUCAAAUGGCAGAAGUAGGGAUAAAGUAAAAGAGAGAAGAGAUUCUUCAAGCAGUGAAGACAGGUCAAGACGUAGACAUAAAAAAGACAAGAAAAGAUAUAGCAGUAAUGACUCAUUAAGCUCUUCUGACGACGAUAAUAGAAGAAGAAAACAUAAGUCUAAAAGCAGAAGACAAAGAAGUAGUUCCGAAGACUCACACAAGAGAAGUUCGGAAGUAAAAAGAGACAUUGAUAAGAAACGCAAAGGAAAAAAGAAGAAGAGAGACAGAGAUCGGUCUCCUAAUUAUAAAAAACAUAGGAAAUAAGAAUCAUGUGUAAAUAAAUUCUUUUUUAAA